GCAUUAAAGCGGCCAGAGGUUCUGGCGAGUUCGCGCGCUGUUUAAUUAGACAGGAGAAAUUCUAACGUGGCAUUUUUAUUUUUUUAGCGCAGAGGCCAAUAAUCCGAUAUGGAGCAUGCCUUUACCCCGUUGGAACCCCUGCUUCCCACUGGGAAUUUGAAGUACUGCCUUGUGAUUCUGAAUCAGCCUUUGGAUAAAUAUUUUCGUCAUCUUUGGAGCAAAGCUCUUUUAAGAGCCUGUGCUGAUGGAGGUGCCAACCGCUUGUAUGAUAUCACCGAAGGAAAGAGAGAGAGCUUUUUGCCUGAAUUCAUCAGUGGUGACUUUGAUUCCAUUAGGCCUGACGUUAGAGAAUACUACGCCAUUAAGGGAUGUGAGCUUAUUUCAACUCCUGAUCAAGCCCGUACUGACUUUACCAAGUGCCUUGAACUGCUCCAAAAAAAGAUAGAAGAAAAAGACCUACAGGUGGAUGUGAUUGUGACCCUGGGAGGACUUGCUGGGCGUUUUGACCAGAUCAUGGCAUCUGUAAGCACCCUGUUUCAAGCAACUCGCAUCACUCCUUUGCCAAUUAUAAUAAUCCAAGAGGAAUCUCUCAUCUACCUGCUCCAGCCAGGAAGGCACAAAUUGCACGUAGAUACUGGAAUGGAAGGUGAUUGGUGUGGCCUUAUUCCUGUUGGACAGCCAUGCAGUCAGGUUACGACAACAGGCCUCAAGUGGAACCUCACAAAUCAUAUGCUUAGUUUUGGAACACUAGUCAGUACUUCCAAUACCUACGAUGGAUCUGGUGUUGUGACCGUGGAAACAGACCACCCACUCCUCUGGACCAUGGCCAUCAAAAACUAACCCACCCACCAACGUCCACAGCCGUGCCUCAGACUUACCUCAUUUGCAAGACUUAUUGCUCAACAAGAACAGUUCACUGUGGUUUGCAGGAAUCCAAAUCUCUCCAUGGGAAGCCUGCUAGUUUUAAAGAUGUUACCGUUUAAAUAAUUAAGGUGACAUUAUAAAUGACAGAUCUCUGUUUUAUAGUGGGGGGGGGCUCAUUAUUUGUUAAUAAAACAAAUAAGCUCUGUUACAUUCAGUUGGAAAACUAAUGUGGAUCAUUCCACCAUAAAAUUCAGUACUGAUUAUUCUUAUGUUAUUAAACAUUCCACUUAUCCUAGAAAAUUGCUUUUAAUUUUGAAGCUGAGACAGCUCUGUUGAGGGUCCUUGGUGUCCAGGAUAUAAACCUCCGUCUGCCCAUCCUUAAAUGCUUAACAUCAAGGGCUUCUUCUGAGUGUCUGUUAAUAUUAGAUUCCUUCAUAUAAUAGAGAAAGGAAAUUCUUCCACAUUGCGAUGUUAGAACUGCACCAUUUCAGUCUGGCCUUAGUACUGUCUUUGGUAUUAUCUUUUAGGAAUACAUCAAGAAUCACUGACCUAAUUAUUAAAUUGGAAAACAGGUAGGUAAGCUAUAGGUGAAAAGAGAAAUGACAUGAUGGAUAAAUGACAAUUCAUAAAGCUCUACUGACAUAUUCACCCCAAACUCAGCUUCUGCAGUGAGUGUGCUGGGCUGUAGUGGAGUGACAGAUCAGAACUGCCCUCAUCAUAAUUACAACCUGGACUGUAAAUGUUGUGCAGAGGAAACUUAAGCAUGAAAUUGAACUGUUUCUGACAUACCUCAGACUGAAAAAAUAUUGGUUCAUAGACCACAAGUUUGCUCUGAUUAGCAGAAAAUGAGGUUGGCAAUCCACGUGCACAAGUGAACACCAUGUACUAAGGAGCCUGGGUCUAAA